AUGAAAUUUGACACUGUGAUUUUAAUCAGUUUAGCUGCAUUAGCUACUAGUCAAAAUGCCAACACCAUUACUGAAAGCCAAGCGGAGAUUGUGGUCAAGAAACAGCUUGAUUCAAGAUCUUUUGGAUUAAAGGACUUUUUGUCCGAUCAUAUGCCAUGGUCGGGCAAAAAAAACUGGAAGGAUCACGAAGGUAAACAGCACUGGAAUGAUAAUGAUGGUAAAGAACACUGGAAAGAUCACGAUGGUAACGACUGCUGGAAUGACAAAGAUGGCAAGAAGCACUGGAAAGAUCAUGAAGGUAAGGAGCACUGGAAUGAUAAUGAUGGUAAAGAACACUGGAAAGAUCGCGAUGGUAACGACUGCUGGAAUGACAAAGAUGGCAAGAAGCACUGGAAGGAUCAUGAAGGCAAGAAACACUGGAAAGAUCAUGAAGGUAAGGAACACUGGAAGGAUCACGAUGGUAAAGAACACUGGAAAGAUCACGAUGGUAACGACUGCUGGAAUGACAAAGAUGGCAAGAAGCACUGGAAAGAUCAUGAAGGUAAGGAGCACUGGAAUGAUAAGGAUGGUAAAGAACACUGGAAAGAUCAUGAAGGUAACGACUGCUGGAAUGACAAAGAUGGCAAGAAGCACUGGAAGGAUCAUGAAGGUAAGGAGCACUGGAAGGAUCAUGAAGGCAAGAAACACUGGAAGGAUCAUGAAGGUAAGGAGCACUGGAAUGAUAAGGAUGGUAAAGAACACUGGAAAGAUCACGAUGGUAACGACUGCUGGAAUGACAAAGAUGGCAAGAAACACUGGAAGGAUCAUGAAGGUAAGGAGCACUGGAAGGAUCAAGAUGGUAAGGAACAUUUUUAUAAACCUCCUAUUGCUAUGAAAAGGUCCAAUUUUCAAAUCUAA